AUGGACUUAUCCUCACACGCUGCUGCUCCCGGCCUCGCAUGGAAUGGACAAGAGAACAAGCCGCGAAAGGUGGCUCUCAUCACGGGCAUCACUGGACAGGAUGGAUCAUAUCUGGCAGAGUUCCUCCUACAUAAAGGCUAUGAGGUUCAUGGCAUCAUUCGCCGCUCCAGCUCCUUCAACACUGGCCGCAUCGAGCACCUUUACCAGAACCCACAGACACACACAGAAGGCAACAUGAAACUGCACUAUGGUGACCUUACGGACAGCACGUGCCUGGUGAAGAUUAUCAACCAGGUGAAGCCCACAGAAGUCUACAACCUGGGAGCACAAAGCCACGUAAAGGUCUCCUUUGAGUUGGCUGAAUACACAGCUAAUGUGGAUGGUGUUGGCACGCUCCGGCUUCUCGACGCAAUCCAGACGUGUGGGCUGACCUCCAGUGUGCGCUUCUACCAGGCCUCCACCAGCGAGCUGUACGGCAAAGUGCAAGAGAUUCCCCAAAAGGAAACUACGCCCUUCUACCCUCGCUCUCCUUAUGGUGCUGCUAAGCUCUAUGCCUACUGGAUCGUGGUGAACUUUCGAGAAGCGUACAACAUGUUUGCUGUCAAUGGCAUCCUCUUUAACCAUGAGAGCCCACGGAGAGGUUCAAACUUUGUGACGCGUAAGAUCAGUCGGUCUGUGGCAAAGAUACACCUCGGCCAGCAAGAGAGCUUCCGUCUGGGCAACCUGGACUCCAAGAGGGACUGGGGCCAUGCCAAGGACUAUGUGGAGGAGUCCAUGGUGGUGGCGUUGGUGAGGGUUCCCUUUGAGAUGGGAGUCGGGAUUUCCUGUGGGACUGAGCCCGGCAUUCCUGUUUUCCUGUUUUGGUGCAUCGGGCACCUCCUCAGCGAGUGUCUCCAGUUUCGGCGUGCGGCUGGCUGGGCAGCGUCUAGCCCAGGUAUCGGGUGUCUGUCCUGGGCAGCAGACAGAGCCGUGGCUGCUUCAUCAUCAGUAAAGAUGCUCAGAGGCAGAUCUGUGAACGUUUCAGGAGUAGAGCUGAGACUGGGGGAGUGUGCGGACCCUGUGCCGGUCCAGCAGACAGGACAAAGACUGAUGGAGUGGAGGGAUGCAGUGGAUAGACUGUUGGGGGGUGGGGGGUCAUCUUGA